AAAUCACAACCACCAGCCAAUCCAGCCAACCUUCCUCAUGGCGGCCGCCACCAACACCAAGCCGAAGCGGCAGCAGCCGGUACCGGUCGUGGACCCCAAGUUCGAAUGGGCGGACAAGGCCGGCACCUACGUGCUCCGCCUCAGCCUCGAGGGGUUCAAGAAGGGCGACUUCACGGUGCAGGUGGACGGCGCCGGCAGGCUCACCGUGAGCGGGGCGAGGCCGGGCGCCACCCCUGGAUCCUUGCACAAGGUCUUCCAGCUCCCCUCCACCGCCAGCCUCGACGACAUCGCCGGCCGCUUCGAGGCGGGCGUGCUCACGCUCACCGUGCCCAAGCGCGCGUACUCUGGUGUCCCCGCACCGACGAGCAUCGAGGAGAUUAAGAGGGGUAAACCUGGUGUGGUUAAGGAGGAUGUCAGUAGGCACAAGGAAGAACAGCAAAAGCUAGCACCAACUGUGAACAAAGAACAAGAAGUGAAGCCUAAUGCUCCCCAUGCCGCUGCUCCGGCCAUACCCGAGAUGCCGGCGCCGAAGCCGGAGGUUGCCAACGGCGAGAAAGCCAAAGCGGUGGUUGACCAGGAGAACCUGGCUGCGGCAGUGAGACAGCGCAGCGAGGAAGAGAAAGCCAAGGCUGCUGCCGCUGCCAUGGAAGCCAAAGUGGUGCUGGAGAAGAAGGCCACGGCAUGCAGCAGCUGGAAAGAGUGCGUGGCAGGGGGGCUGGAGCAGCUGACAGACAUGAAGUGGGCGGACAGCUUGGUGGAGAAGGCAAGGAACAACAAGGAGGUAGUUGCCAUCGCCAUGGCUGCUUUCUCGCUCGGCUUCUUCGUCUCUCACAAGUUAUUCAGGAAGUGA